UUCCCUGCCCGGGAGUGGUAUGGCUGCCCUCGGCUCUGCUGCUCCAGGCGUGCAGUUUACGCUGUGCGAUAGCUAGGGCUGUCUCCCGGUACCCUCGGCAGCCCCCAGACUCUCCAGGUCGUAGAUCCUACUCUCCAGUCAGGUGGCAGGGCCCGAGCUCUGAGGAACAUGGAUCCUUCUUUGGAUACGUGGAACUUCUCCUCACCUUUAAUAUCAUUAUGGAUAAACAGGUUUUACAUAUAUUUGGGCUUUGCCUUUGGUAUUAGCCUUUGGAUCUGUGUCCAGAUUGUCCUCAAGAAGCAGGAUAAGAACUCACAGGAGAAAUCUGUUCCAAAAGUCACUUGGGAUCUGAUGACAAAUGGUUCUGUCUCCCAUCAAAAGAGGGAAGUCUUUGUGUCUGGAGUGAAGAUUUUCUAUGGUUCCCAGACUGGAACAGCAAAGGGAUUUGCUGAAGUUCUUGCUGAAUCAGUUACCUCCCUUGAUCUGCCUGCAACGAUUAUUAAUUUGAAAGACUAUGAUCCAGAUGAUCAUCUAGUGGAAGAGGUUACUAGUGAAAAUGUCUGUGCCUUCCUGGUUGCUACGUACACUGAUGGUCAGCCAGCCGAGAGUGCUAAGUGGUUCUGCAAGUGGUUGGAGGAAGCAGCCAAUGAUUUUCGAUUUGGCAGAACUUACCUGAAGGGGAUGAGAUACGCGGUGUUCGGCCUGGGAAACUCUGCCUACACAAGCCAGUUCAACAAGGUUGGCAAAAAUGUUGAUAAGUGGCUCUGGCUGCUGGGUGCCCGUCGUGUGCUGACUCGAGGGGAGGGAGACUGUGACACGGUUAAGAGCAAACAUGGCAGCAUUGAAGCUGACUUCAGCGCUUGGAAGACCAGGCUCACCUCCCGGCUGCAGGAGCUUCAUCAAGGAGAGAAAAAACCCUGUGGCAGCAACUGCAAGAAAGGGAAAUGCGAAUCCGGUCAGCAUGGCCCCGAGGGGCGGGAGCCGGGGCCUCACACUCUAGAGGAAUCGCCCCACAGAGAUGCUGAGGAGGAGGAGCCCUUUGAGAGCAGCAGCGAGGAGGAGUGUGGUACCGAGGACCAGCAGAGUCUGAAUUCUGUCGUUGAUGUGGAGGAUCUUGGCAAUAUUAUGGAUCGUGUGAAGAAAGAAAAGAAAGAAAAGGAGCAACAGGAAGAGAAAAGUAGCUUGUUCAGGAACACAGGGAAGAAUGAAGACAAUGAGAGAAGAGCUAUGAUAACGCCUGCUCUCCGAGAAGCCCUUACUAAACAAGGAUAUCAGUUGAUUGGGAGCCACUCUGGGGUGAAGCUUUGCAGGUGGACAAAGUCAAUGCUCCGAGGGAGAGGAGGUUGCUAUAAACAUACAUUUUAUGGCAUCGAAAGCCAUCGCUGCAUGGAAACCACCCCUAGCCUGGCAUGUGCAAAUAAAUGUGUCUUCUGCUGGCGGCACCACACCAAUCCGGUGGGCACCGAAUGGCGGUGGAAGAUGGACCAGCCUGAAAUGAUCUUAAAAGAAGCCAUUGAAAACCAUCAAAACAUGAUUAAGCAAUUUAAAGGAGUACCAGGUGUCAGAGCUGAACGCUUUGAGGAAGGAAUGAAGGUCAAACACUGUGCUUUGUCCCUUGUGGGAGAACCAAUCAUGUACCCAGAAAUCAACAGGUUUUUGGAGCUCCUCCACCAAUGUAAAAUCUCCAGCUUCCUGGUCACAAACGCACAGUUCCCCGAGGAAAUCAGGAACCUCAAACCAGUUACCCAGCUCUAUGUCAGUGUGGAUGCCAGUACCAAAGACAGCCUGAAGAAAAUCGACCGCCCACUCUUCAAGGAUUUCUGGCAAAGAUUCCUUGACAGUUUAAAAGCUUUGGCUGAAAAGCAACAACGGACCGUCUACAGACUGACACUCGUGAAAGCGUGGAAUGUGGAUGAGCUCCAGGCCUACGCUGAGCUGGUGUCCCUUGGGAAUCCUGACUUCAUUGAAGUGAAGGGUGUUACCUACUGUGGAGAAAGUUCUGCAAGCAAUCUGACCAUGGCCAACGUGCCCUGGCACGAGGAAGUGGUGCGCUUUGUCCACGAGCUGGUGGAUCUGAUCCCCGACUAUGAUGUUGCAUGUGAACAUGAACACUCCAAUUGCCUCCUGAUAGCACACAAAAAGUUUAAGAUUGAUAGAGAAUGGUGGACGUGGAUCGAUUAUAAUCGCUUCCAGGAGCUCAUCCAAGAAUAUGAAAAUAGCAGUGGAUCAAAAACUUUCUGCGCAAAGGAUUAUAUGGCCAAAACUCCUCAGUGGGCAUUAUUUGGUGCCCAUGAAAGAGGCUUUGAUCCCAAGGACACAAGAUAUCAGAGAAAGAACAGAUCAAAGGAUAUUUCUGGACGUUGAGAUUAUCUGACUUCAGAAUGCUGAAGGACAAAAACUGUAUGCCCCAGAAGUUCUUGGACUCCACUGUGACUUUUCGAAGGACAAGUUUCACAAAUUCUGUUUCAUAUAGAGCAGACUCUAAGGUAAAACAUGGGGACACAAGUCCUGAGCCUGGAGUGAGGAGAAAGCAUUUCUCUUUUAGAGCCUGGGAUUCAGCCUCAGGAUUUCUUUCCAGAAGUCACUCCCUUUCCUAGUUGUAUUUCUGAGAGGAAAUCUUUUUCUUUUCUUUUUUGGGGGGAGGGCACACAAUCAUUAUUAGAAUUUAAUUGGUAGUUUUGAAUUAUAAUUAGUAAGACUUCCUAGAAUGCUGUUCAUGAGGGUGUCACACAGGAAUGACUAUCUGGGCCUCUUCCUCUUAUGGACCAGUGGUGGUGUUUGUGGAGCAGCCACACUGAGUUAUACUUCCCUGAGGUAAAUGUAUCUGCUUCCUUUAAGAUGAGAACUUGAUUCCUUUCUUAACAUAACAUCUCUUGAACACAAUUAGGUUGUCAUAAUUGUCAGUUAUUUUAAAAUACUGCAUCAACCUCUGUAAAUUUUUGCUUAGUACCAACCCAUUAGGAAAUUGAAUUGAAUCUUUGCUGCACUAGAUCUCAUUCUGUUCCCAUUCUGAUUACCAUGGAAGGUAAUAUAUGGGUUGGAUUAGAGUAAAAUUUUCUUCUACAAGAGGAAUUGCCAUAUGAUGGCAUUGAGUACUUAGUCUCGCCAACAAACUUUGAAACAAUGAGUAUAAUUUUUUUUGUGUGUAUGUGAAAAAGUAACCGUUCAAGCCUCUUGUCCCUACACAUACAGCAGGUCUCCGUCUUCCUUCACUCUCGUAGCCCUGGCUACUUUACCCAGUCUGUUCAUUAAGGUUCAAGUUUUUUCUAAGUGAAAAGAUUAUUAAAUGCUGAAUAGUUUUUUGCUUUGAAAGUUGUCAUAGAUACUUUUAAAUUCCUUUAUCCUAAAAAUUGAACUAAUAAAAUAAUAUUUUGUAAAGACUUGGAGCACUAAUUUUCUUUUGGCUGUCUAUUUUAAAGAUGCUUCUAAUCCCAUGGUUCUCAGCCCUGUCAGACCCAUCUCUUCCUCAUAUGUCAGGUAUUUUGUAACUCCAUCUACUCCCUGCUGAAAUAAAAUCUCCAUAAAUAGUAUGAUCUACACACCCUCUUUGUUGAAAGCUGGGCACCAUACUUAUUUAUAAAUGGUAUAAUCAAAAUACUUAACGUCUGUUGUGACAUGGGAUAGUGACAAAGUAUCACAGAAAUCAGAUUUUCUUUUUUUGAACCCAUCACAUCUUCAAGAUUACCUUCAGUCUACUACUUAAAAAGUCUUUGGAGAUUAUGUCAUUGAAUAGGCAACAAGGAAUAGAAGGUAGAAAAAGAAAUGGCAAUUCAAGAGUCUAUCAAAAAGCAAUUACCCUAUAGGAAAUUACUUAAAUGGGUUAAACACUCCAGCCAAGAGAAAGAGAAGACAGAAGGGAUUCAAAACAAAAGACAAAAAAGAAACCAUGAUCCAACUAUAUGCUGUCUUCAAGAGCAUUAUUCAAAGACAGAUAGAAAAUAAAAGGGUGAAUAAAGAUAGGAGCGCAGGAGAAAGA